GUGCUUCCUACAGCCUCUGAUGGGCGUUUCCUUCUAAACUUCUCUGAAAGGUGUGGUGAGUUUGGAAUACUGUGAAAUUCCUCGUCUGACAUCAAUCCUCCCGUUUCACUGAGUUUGAAACUUCUCUACAACCACAACAAUGUCUGAUGUUUGGGAUGACUUGGACCUGCUCUUAGACUCUCCCUCCUCGCUCACAGUGACAUCAAACACAAGAGGAACUGUGAAGGACAAGGCAAAUUUCAAAGUGGACGAAGAUGUUUCCGCACUAAGGAAAGCCAUAGAGGGGCUCGGUACAACAGAGAAGACGCUGAUUGAGGUGUUGACCCAAAGAAGUAACGCCCAGCGUCAGCUCAUCGCCAAGGCUUACGAGAAGGCCUCAGGAAGGAAAUUAGUAGAUGACCUGGAGGGCGACACUCAUGGAGACUUUGAGGACUUGUUGGUCGCCUUGGUGACACCUCCCGCCAUCUAUGACUGUCAGGAAGUUAUCAGAGCCAUCAAGGGUGCAGGAACCACAGAGAGUACGCUGACGGAAAUCUUUGCCUCCAGAUCCAACAGACAGAUCCGUGCCUUGUCUGAAGCCUACCUGGCAGAAACUGGAAGAUCAGUGAUUCAUGAUCUGCAGUCGGAGGUGUCUGGAGAUUAUGGCAAGGCACUGCUCAUCUUGGCUGAGGGGAAGAGAGACGAGACGACCAAUGUGGAUACUGCCAAGGCUAAGGCAGAUGCUAAGGCCUUGUAUGAAGCAGGAGAGAAGAAAUGGGGAACUGAUGAGGAGAAGUUUAUUGACAUUUUGUGCCACAGGAGUGUUCCGCAGCUUCGGCAAACUCUGAUUGAGUACAAGAAUAUCAGCAAGAAGACUCUGCAGGAGAGCAUUGAGAGUGAGAUGUCUGGAAACUUGGAGAAAGUACUUGUGGCCAUAGUCAAGUGUGUGAAGAAUGCUCCGGCGUACCUCGCUGAGAGGCUUUUCAAGAGCAUGAAGGGUGCAGGGACCACAGAGUCCACUCUGACCAGGAUACUUGUCAGUCGCUCAGAGAUCGAUUUGUUGGACAUUCGAGCAGAGUACAAGAAGCUGUUUGGAUACACCCUCUACUCCCAGUUAGAGUCUGAAGUGUCGGGUAGCUAUGGCGACGCCCUCAAACAUCUAUGUGGCCAAGAUGACUAACUGCUCCCGUGUUGUGAAGUGCAGAUUUCCCCCAAGCAGAUGGGAAGAAUUCCAUCUAAAAACAACAAUGACCAGUGACUAGCAAUGGCUGGAACUAAAACAUCUAGAAAUGCUUUACAAUGUGCAUUUCCACUAAUGUUCACUGAAGUUUGGAAGGUAUUAAAUUGCAGUUCCUUGCAGCUUCGCAUUAAGACUCAAGAAGAAGCUGCUGAAUGUGUUUUUGUGCUUUUAAAAUAGUUUGUAUUCCACGUUUAUCCUCUAAUAUACUGUAAACAGAAACAGCCCGACAGGAAAUAAAAAUACUUUCUUCAACUA